AUGGACGCCGUCUGUGGCCCCUACCCUGCCUACCCAGCCCAGCCACAUGCAUGGGAGGUCCCGGCAGAGCCCAGCCAAACGCUUGUGCAUGGCGUCAGCGGCGACUCAGAGCACCACCGAACCCCGGAUGAUGUUCUCCUCUUUGCCGGCGAUGCCUCUGACAAGCUGGAGAACGUGGAAUGGGCCUUCCAGACCCUGGCCUCCGCCUUUGGGAUGGUCGUCUACGUCCCCGGCAACCACGAGCUAUGGGUCCGGCCCGUGGAUCGAGCCAGGGGCCUGCACGACUCGGCGGCAAAGCUGGACCAGAUCCAGGGCCUGUGCCGGGAGUACGACGUCCGCACCCGGCCCUUCCUCCUGCACGGCACGGCCUGGGUGGUGCCGCUGCUGAGCUGGCACCACGCCUCCUGGGACCGGGAGCCUGGCAUGGGGGGCAAGCGCCACGCGUGGGCCUUCUCCGAUUACUCCGCCUGUGUCUGGCCCGACAGCAUCCCGGGCGCCGGCAGCGUUGGCGGGCCGGGCCUGGCGCGCUGGUUUGACGCGAAGAACGAGGGGGAGGGCUGGGCAGCGGCGCUGGCCGGGGUCCGCGAGCAUGACGUCAUCUCCAUGUCCCACUUCCUGCCUCGGGAGGAGCUCCUCCCCGAAAAACGGUUCUUGUUCUUCCCCGAGCUCCCCUCCGUGUCUGGGUCGGAUGCCCUGCAGGCUCGCGUGACGGCUCUCCGCCCCGACAUCCACAUCUUUGGGCACACCCACUUUGCGUGGGAUGCUACCCUGGAUGGCACACGGUACAUCCAGGCCCCCCUUUGCUCGUUCCGGGAACGGAGCCGGCGCCUGCAGACUCUGCGGCUGGGUCUGAAGGACCUGAAAUCCGUGGAUCCAGCGACCUGGCUGCCAGCCCUCAUCUACGAGUUCCCUCUGGAUGCCACCGGCGCCCAGCGAGCAGCAUGUGCGAUAAGAAAAAGGGCUGUCGAGCAAGGGAUUGCUUUUGUGGGACCGGGUCAUGCUCAUGGACUGGACGGCGUGGCAGGGAGCUGUCCUCUCCCGACCACAUGCGGGCUGCGCGAGUAUCCGGGACAGGCAGGGCGCGAGUCCAGGGCAGGCCAGGGCUGGUCCUUCCUCAAGGGUGGGGCCAUGCCUCCCACCUACACGGCUGCCUGGAGCGAGUACUACCGACGCUGCGAGCGGGACCCUACCAAUACCGAGCCGGCGCCGUGGGUGGCCAAAGCCCAGGAGAGGAGGAAACAGCGAGCGGCCCGCAGCCGGGCGGCCAACUCUGCGGCCACGGGUGCUGAGUCCUGA